AUGACAAAUCGACAUCAAUCGAAAUUUAUUGGACAAGAUCUUUUAUCAUGUCUUCAUUUUGAAGUAGAAGAAUUUUGUUCAAAUACCGACAUGAAGUAUUGGGGUCAUUUAAAUGAGGUCGAUAUUCUUGCUUAUCAGCGAAGAAUGUCUCUAGACGAUGAUGAUGAAAAACUUGUUGAUCAAUAUUUGAAUGAUGAGGACGAUGGGGAAAUCUGGGUACCAUGUACAACAAAUUCUGUAUUAGGCUACCAUGAACAUUUAUUCAAACAAACAGAACAAAAGUCGGAUACUAGUCUCUUUCGAAUGUUAUCAGCGAAAGAUCAUUUCAUUAAAAAACAAUAUACUUGUCCUAUGGAUCAGUGUAACNAGUAG